AUGCAGACUCGAUCACGUGACACGGGAGGAGGUGGUCAAGGUAGCCUUAAUCCGCCCCAACAAGGAGCCGGCGGUGGGAUCCCGGAUCCGCCUCGAAGAAAGAGGACGGCGGGAACAACCAACGCGGCGGGACCUUCGGUGCCGAUCAUCCAAAUGACGACGGAAGAGUUGCAAGCAAUGAUGGACGAGACCGCGGCCAAGGCAGCGGCUUGGGCAGCGGCGGACGCAGUAGCUCAAUACAUUAGCGCCCAAGGCCAUAGUGAUUUCGAAGAGCCGAUUCUUUCAGAGAGCGACCCCUCGGAACCCGCUCACGUCCACGGGACCCCGCCCAUUGUAGAACUCCACGACUCUGAGGAGAGGGUAUCGCUUAGCGACCGAAGCAUUUCUUCAGAACGGGCUCCCCGUAGGUAUGCCCCGCCCCGGUCGCAUCAGCAUAGCUCAGCCUCGGACCAGGCUCCUCGAGGAGAGACGCGCGGUCGGUCACCACGGCCCCUUAAGCAACGGGCUCCUUCAAGGGAGAGAGCGGCGCGAGGCCGCCGAGAAAGAAGUGGAUCAUCUCGGCCAAGUGUUACACGCCAUGAGCCUCGAGGCGAUAGGCAUCGCGGACGAUCCUUUCGCCGAGGCAACUCCCCACGAGACGAACAUGGGAGUAGGUACACUUGGGCUGAAGAGACGAGAAGGCACCGCGAGAAUGGUAACAAGCGUAAUUCGAGAAGCCCGCGACAAGAAGCUUCAAGAUCAACCGCCCGAUUUGGAACGCUCCCCGCCCGAAUAAGCCCUUUUAUUCCGGCUAUCAUGGAGGAAGUUUUACCGCUCGGAUUUAGGAUCCCCAAUCUGCCCCAAUUCGAUGGAACCGGAGAUCCUCAAACUCACCUUAACAAUUUCUUCGCUAAGAUCGACCUUUACGGCCUCAGUGAUGCCGCCUACUGCAAAAUCUUCCAAACUACCUUAACUGAUCAAGCACAAACUUGGUUCAACGGUCUGCCAGGAGGAUCAUUGGAUGGCCUGGGCCAGUUAUCGGAACGUUUCCUUAGCCAGUAUUCCAUCAACAAGCGAUACGCCAAAACCGGAUCAUACCUCUUCAAAGUCAAACAACGCGAGGGAGAACCAUUGAGAGACUAUGUACAGCGGUUUGUCAAAGCGGUGCACGAGGUACCCAAUGUUAACCACGACCUACUAGCCGAUAUACUGCAACAUAACUUGAGGCACGUUCGCUUCCAAGAAUCCAUAGCAGGACGACCCCCACAAACUCUGGAGGAGCUUCUGAACCGAGCGGAGAAGUUCAUCCGGAUAGAAGAGGCCGUAGAGAUGGGACUUCCCGUGAAAAGGAAGCGCGAAGAAGAGCGCCAUGAGGCAAAAAGGAAGGAAGAAGGACGUUCGAUCCACGCCCCUACCUACCCAAAGUUUACUCCCCUAAAAGCAAAACUCAUGGAAGUAUGGAUGGUAGCGGAGCAGAAAGGUCUAGUCCAGCCCCCGAGACAGAUGAAAGAAAAUCCGAAAAGGCAAAAAUCGGAAAAAUACUGCGAGUACCAUCGAGAUCGGGGACACACUACCGACGAGUGCUUCCAACUAAAGCAAGAAAUCGAGAGGCUAAUUAAAAAAGGGCACCUGGGAGAAUUCGUGGAUGCGCCACGACACCAAAAAUUCCAAAACAAACCCCGCUUGCAGCAUAAAGGAGAACGUCCCAACCCUAGGAAAGAUCGAGAGGAUGACAAUCUUCCAACUCAAGGAAUAAUUGCAGUUAUUUCCGGAGGACCCUCGGGCGGUGACACUCCUAGCUCACGACGAGCAUCAAUUCGGGCAGCAAGAGGCUCGUAUUCUACGACAGAACGUCCAGAGGGACAUAUUUACCACGUUCACCACCCAAACUCAGAGGUUACAUUUAGCGACGACGAUCUCAGAGGACCACGUGGUGAACACAACGACGCUUUAGUCAUCUCUGCAUCAAUUUCUAAUUAUUUGGUGAAGAAGAUUUUGGUGGACGGUGGUAGCUCGGCUGAUAUUAUAUAUUACGACGCCUUCGAAAAACUAGGGAUUGCCAAUGCAAAACUCGCGCCUGUGAAAACACCCCUAGUAGGUUUUACGGGACACGCCGUCGAAGCUGUGGGAGAAAUUUCUUUAGUCUUGUCCUUGGGAUCAUUCCCGUGCCGAGCUACAAACACGGUCAACUUCCUAGUCGUCAAAGCACCGUCGACUUAUAACGUCAUUUUGGGGCGGCCGAGUAUGAACCUUUUCAGAGCAGUCCCGUCAACCUAUCAUAUGAAGUUGAAGUUUCCUACGGCUAGCGGAGUUGGAGAAGCCGUAGGCGAUCAACGCAUAGCUCGAGAAUGCUAUGCGAACACUUUGAAGGCACCUCAGGUUCGGAACAAAAAGCAAGUGGGAGGAGGAGAUGACACUCCCAAUUAUCUGAAGAGAAAAUGGGUGAUGGCUGUCAAAGACGACUUCAUCACUCCCUCGACCAAUCAAGAUGCCGAUAGCACAAGACUCGCAGCAGUAGAAGAACUGAAAAGUGUAGAGUUGAUCCCGGGCGAUCAAGAUAAACUACUCCGAGUGGGAACCAACCUUGAGCCCGAAGCAGAAACAAGGCUCGUGGAGUUCCUUCGGAAAAACGGUGAUGUUUUUGCAUGGAGAGCGGAAGAUCUCGAAGGAAUUCCCCCAUCUAAAAUUGUUCAUCGGCUUGACGUUGACCCGAAACUCAAGCCGGUAAAACAAAAGAAAAGGACUUUUGGCCCGGAACGUAAUAAACACAUCAAAGAGGAGGUCGACAAACUCCUUGCGGCUGGUCAAAUACGUCCGGUUCAAUAUCCCGAAUGGUUGUCAAAUGUUGUCCUAGUGGCGAAAUCAGGGGGAAAAUGGCGUUUAUGUGUGGAUUUCACUAACCUGAACAAAGCUUGUCCUAAAGAUCCUUUCCCUCUCCCAAGGAUCGAUCAGCUGGUGGAUUCCACCUCAGGAUGUGAGUUGUUAAGCUUUUUAGACGCAUACCAAGGGUACAAUCAGAUCCAACUGGCCCCUGAGGACCAAGAGAAAGCGAGUUUCAUUACCGACCAAGGCAUUUAUUGCUACAAAGUAAUGCCAUUCGGCCUAAAAAACGCAGGAGCAACCUAUCAACGACUGGUGAACACCAUGUUCGCUAAUCUAAUUGGGCGUAACAUGGAAGUGUAUAUCGAUGAUAUGUUAGUUAAAAGCGCUAAGGCCGAAAACCACUUGAAGGACCUCGAAGAGUGCUUCGCUAUUCUCAGAGAAUACAAAAUGAAACUAAAUCCUUCGAAAUGCUCAUUCGGAGUGAAGGGCGGCAAAUUCUUAGGCUAUAUGAUCUCGCAACGAGCUAGUGGACAACGCAAAUUCUUAAUUGUAGCAGUUGACUAUUUCACCAAGUGGGUGGAAGCGGAGCCCUUGGCUAAAAUAGCCGAGGCCGACGUCAUUCGGUUUCUAUGGAAGAAUGUGGUAUGCCGAUUUGGGAUACCACGAGCCCUAAUAUCAGAUAAUGGAACUCAAUUCUGCGGAAGCAAGGUCGCGGACUGGUGUGAAGGACUAUCAAUCAAGCAAUUCUUCACUUCAGUAGGAAACCCACAAGCUAACGGCCAAACCGAAGUUACAAACCGCACAAUUCUGCAACACCUCAAAGCCAGAUUAGGAGAAGCAAAGGGUGCCUGGGUUGAGGAACUCCCUAGUGUCUUAUGGGCUUAUCGUACAACUCCCCGAACCUCCACCGGUGAAUCACCUUUCAAUCUUGCUUAUGGAAUGGAAGCCGUCGUACCAGCUGAAAUAGGGCAACCGUCAUGGCGGAUAUCCAAUUACUCAAUCCAGCAUAAUGAUCUGGCAAUAAGGGCAAGUUUGGAUCUUGUGGACGAGGUCAGAGAGGGCGCUACUAUGCGAAUGGAAGCUUACAAAGCUCGAAUGGCGCGAGCCUAUAACCAAAGAGUCAAACCAAGAUCAUUUCAGGUAGGAGACUUGGUACUCCGAAGAGUCGGGAUUUCAAAGGCUGUCGGAAAGUUGGAUCCAAAGUGGGAAGGACCCUACAAAGUUACUCAAGUGGUCAACGCCGGAGCUUACCGGCUUCAGCACAUGGAUGGCAAUCAAGUUCCAAGGACUUGGAACAUAGGGAAUUUGAAGAAGUAUUUCGCUUAG